AUGCGGAUAACUAAUGUAAGACGUGGUAGAAUAAUUCGUAUGGCAGGAAUAAGUGCUGUUGUGAUAGUUUUAAUAUAUGCUUUACAUAGUUAUUCUCAAGCAAACCUCGGCAAUGAUUCAAAUGAAAUUGUUUUAUCAGAAGAUCAACCUAAAUAUUAUAAGUUUCACAGAGAUGUCUACCCUACAUUAAAAACGGAACUAGGUAAUUUUGAACCUAAGUCAAGAAAAUCAGUGAAAGGGCCCGGAGAGGAGGGCUUAGCCUACCACAUGCCUCAAGACCGGGCCAAUGACAUUGCUGAGUCAGAGAGUGAAUAUGGAAUGAAUAUUGCAGCGUCUGAUGAUAUUGCUAUGAACAGAUCCAUACCAGAUACUCGGUUAGAUGAAUGCAAAUACUGGCACUAUCCCAAGGACUUGCCCAGUACGUCAGUCAUCAUUGUGUUUCACAACGAAGGCUUUUCAGUACUCAUGCGUACUGUCCACACAGUUAUUGAUAGAUCCCCACCUAACAUACUACAUGAAAUUGUUUUGGUUGACGAUUUCUCCGAUAAAGAUAAUCUAAAAGAAAAUUUAGAUAAUUAUAUUAAAAGAUGGCACGGUAAAGUGAGGCUUAUUAGGAACUCUGAAAGAGAGGGUCUAAUUCGUACUCGAUCCAGAGGUGCUAAGGAGGCUACAGGAGACGUGAUCGUAUUUUUAGAUGCCCAUUGCGAGGUCAAUAUUAACUGGCUUCCUCCCCUACUCGCCCCUAUUUAUAGGGACUAUAGAACCAUGACAGUACCAGUCAUAGAUGGCAUCGACCAUCGGACCUUCGAGUACCGACCAGUUUACCAACACGGCACGAACUACAGAGGGAUUUUCGAAUGGGGAAUGUUAUACAAAGAAAAUGAGGUCCCAAUAAGAGAAAGCAGCUUGCACAAACACAAAUCAGAACCCUACAAAAGUCCAACGCACGCUGGUGGUCUAUUCGCAAUUAAUAGACGGUAUUUCCUAGAAAUUGGGGCGUAUGACCCUGGUCUUUUAGUUUGGGGAGGGGAAAACUUUGAGCUCAGUUUCAAGAUUUGGCAGUGUGGUGGGAGUAUAGAGUGGGUACCCUGUUCGAGGGUCGGCCACGUGUACCGCGCGUUUAUGCCGUAUUCUUUCGGUAAUCUGGCCAAAAAUCGCAAGGGUUCCCUUAUAACGAUUAAUUAUAAGCGUGUAAUAGAAACUUGGUUUGAUGAGGAACAUAAGGAGUUCUUCUAUACAAGAGAGCCCAUGGCUAGGUUUUUGGAUAUGGGCGAUAUAAGUGAACAAGUCAAGUUGAAGGAAGAUUUGAAAUGUAAGAGCUUUGGUUGGUUCAUGGAAAAUGUGGCCUAUGAUGUGUAUGACAAGUUCCCCAAACUGCCCAAGAACGUUCACUGGGGCAUGGUGAAGAAUAAGGCGUCAGGACUCUGUUUGGACACUAUGGGGAAAGCUGCCCCGUCCUACUUGGGCACGUCGACGUGCCACGGCGCGGGCAACAACCAGCUGUUCCGGCUGAACGAGGCGGGGCAGCUGGGCGUGGGCGAGCGCUGCGUGGAGGCCGACACCGACAGCGUCAGGCACGCCAUCUGCCGCCUCGGCACCGUCGACGGGCCCUGGAGGUAUGACGAUGGACACAGUCAUCUAAUACACCGUUUACACGGUUAUUGUCUCACUCUCCAGCCCAACACGCGGCAACUCGGGCUGGCGCCGUGCGACCCCAACAAUACAUUCCAACAAUGGACGAUAACACAUAAAAAACCUAACUGG